AUGUCUCUACGUACUAACACAGCAUCUCACGCAUUUAUCAUGAACUCUGUAUUGAAGGGAAAUCAUGUUAUUUUGCAGUUUCCUCGAGACGCAGCUGUUGCCCGUCUACCGCAGAUACCAACCUUACGUCAAAAUCAACUAUCACCCAUUUGGACCGACCGCCCGUACUUCCUGCAGAAUGAGCGGAAACGGAAUGAGGUAACUGUUGUCCAGUACAUGAACGUGCUAACGGCUGCCGGAAAAUGUGAUGAAGUCUUCAACUUCGUCGUUCGAUCGCUAACUACUGGCAGUUCCACUCGAAUCACUGCACCAGUAAAUGGUUGUGUACUGAUGUCGACAUUAUUACGAGCAUUGUCACAUCCUCAAUUAACACCAACGAGCGAUAUGUUUUUCGACAUGGUCGAAAAAAAAGCCUCAAAACCCAGCCGUCUCUAA